GGCUUUGGGCGAGCCGGUGGUCUUUACCCGCGAGCCCAGGUCCACCCCGAGCGCUGGAACGAUGUGGAUUAAGUUGCAAAGUAAUGUGCGAGGAUGCUGCUGAAACUGCCGGCAAGCCCGAUCUGUUCGGAGGAGCGCGAGGCUUUUGUUCCGCUGUUGUGCCGUGCUGCUUUGUCUUCACUUGGCCCUCGGAUACAGAGCGCGAGCCGUUGGGUGGGCCCAUUGUGGACCUCGAGCAUCAGCAGCAGGUCAUGAGUGUGUUUGGCUCAGGGGGCGGGGCCACAGGGGGCGGGGCCUCAGGUGGAGCCCGACCAGGUGAGCACUACAGAGAGCAGCGGCGUCGUUCCAGCGACCGCUCACGAGACUCCUCCCACGAGAGAGGAGAAAACCAGCUGACCCCCUGCAUCCGCAACGUCACCUCCCCAACCCGACAGCACGAUCGUGAGCGUGGUGAUGGCGGCUCAUCGUCCCGCUCGUCCAGUCCCCGCCCACCAAAGGUCCCCCUGACCUACUCCCAUGUGGGACAUGUACCUCGCUCCGCUGACCUCCACCCCAAAUUGGUGGGACAGGGCCCCAAUGACAUGAUCUAUGUGUACGACCUGGGCAGCAAGGAGAGCCACCGGGGACCCUUGCGGCUCGGAGAGAGGGUCACUCUCAUCGUAGACAACACCAGAUUUGUGGUAGACCCGGCCAUUUUCACAGCCCAGCCCAACACCAUGCUGGGCAGGAUGUUUGGGUCUGGGCGGGACAAUAACUUCACUCGACCAAAUGACAAAGGAGAAUAUGAAGUCGCGGAUGGGAUCAGUUGCACUGUGUUCAGAGCCAUUCUGGAUUACUACAAGUCGGGGAUAAUCCGCUGCCCUGACGGCGUUUCCAUUCCUGAGCUGCGGGAGGCAUGUGACUACCUCUGUAUCUCCUUCAACUACAACACCAUCAAGUGCAGAGACCUAAGUGCCCUGAUGCACGAGCUGUCUAACGACGGCGCGCGGCGACAAUUUGAGUGUUACUUGGAGGAGAUGGUGCUGCCUCUCAUGGUGGCCAGUGCACAAAGUGGAGAGAGGGAGUGUCAUGUUGUGGUCCUGACUGACGAUGACGUGGUGGACUGGGAUGAGGAGUACCCCCCACAGAUGGGAGAGGAGUAUUCCCAAAUCAUUUACAGCACCAAGUUGUACCGAUUCUUCAAGUACAUUGAGAACAGAGAUGUGGCCAAAGCAGUACUAAAAGACAGGGGCCUGAAGAAAAUCCGCCUGGGCAUCGAAGGUUAUCCCACCUACAAAGAGAAGGUCAAAAGGAGGCCAGGGGGGCGUCCAGAGGUCAUCUAUAACUACGUGCAGCGCCCGUUCAUCCGCAUGUCCUGGGAGAAGGAGGAGGGCAAGAGUCGACACGUGGACUUUCAGUGUGUCAAGUCUAAGUCCACCACAAACCUGGCAGCCGCAGCCGCAGACAUCCCUCAGGACCAGCUGGUGGUGAUGCAGCCGGGACCUCCGUUAGAUGAGCUGGACACUGUGCCCCCAGGACAUGAACCACAGCCCCCCACAGCUGUCCUGGAGCCUCUGCCCUCACAGGCAGCUCACAAUGUCCCCCACCCACCACAGGAUGUACCCCACCAGGCAGCACCCAGUCUGGUCCACAGUAACCACAGUAACCAGCACAGCAGCCACUCUCAGGCCACAUAUCACUAUGAACCCGGCCCAGACCCUCCCUCCCCCUCUGCAUGAGCCCAGAGCCGCGUUCACUCUCAAACAGGCCCCUACCACUAACGGGAAACAGGAGGGGGCUCAUGAUAAAAUGCACUUGAAUGUGUUAUGUAAAGAGAAACUUUGUACAACACGGGCUAAAGCAAUAAACAGAAAAAAUCCACACCAUGUAUUUAAACAAUUAGGCUCAUUUUCACCUACAACACACAGUGCAUCGUAUACACAUAAGCUCUAAUGCAGACAUGUCCCUUUACUCCACUUAUUUAUGGACGGAGUUGUACUGUAAAUCUGAGUCGUUCACAUCUUCUUUGGUGACCCCUGUUCUCCUGUCUGCUUUAGGGCCUUUUGCUAAAUGUCUAAAUGACCCAGGUUCUCUUCACACACGGUCUGGUGGAAAUGACAUUGCUUUUUUGUGGUAGCGCUACAGUCUGCAGUAUGAAGUCAGUCAUAUGUUAUCUUUGCAUAUCGUGCUGUUUGCUAUUGCUGGAAUAAUUUAAGCUGACAAUUUCUCAGUACAAGGUUUUCUACCUCAAUGUUGGAAGAAAUUAGAUCUGUUAGAGAGCAGUUUAAAAAGGUCUUGAUAACAAUCAAUUUUUAUUACAGACUUGGUUUUGAGCAUGUGAGUUCUUCAUCUUGUCAUUCAAACCACAAUACAGUAUUAAUGUUUAUUUAUUGUAGGAAAUGAUUAACAGAACCGCAGCUGUUGAUGUGGCGGCACCAUUGCACACUUAAUGCAUAUUUUUAAUACAUACAUACUUGUAGACAGAUUUUAGUUGCCAAAGAGCACAGGGUCACUCUUUUCUGUUAGGGGAGUGAAUGCGGCAAUGUUUCCUUGAGCCUUCUCCUUUUUGAGGGGCAGAACACCACUUUGCCUUUGCUGCCCUUUGAGUGGGACCCUAGAAGGUUCUGCUCAGACAAAUACUGUGGAUAUGAAUAUCCACAUAACAAUUGCUGUAUGGAAAUGCAUCUAAAGAUUAAAAAAAAAAGGUUCAAUGUAUUACACUCCGUUUUUUUUACAAAAUGCAGGAACACAUGAUGUCACAAAAGAUGUUUAUAUGUUUUUUGUUUUUCAAUAAAUACUAUUUAC